CCCAGAUGUCCCGCACACCAUGGCAGGCAGGCCACAGACAGACAGCCUCAUCAAUCAAUCACGAAGCGUCGACACGGCGGACUCUCGUCACCGAGGCCUCCAUCGCGGCACACUUGAUCCUUCCCACACACACCAUACACAACACACUCAGUUCGGUUCAUCCAUCUAUCCAAUUUGCACUCACUUGUAGGUGACUUCGAAUGCGUCGAUGACUGUGCAGUAACUCUCAGAGUCGAUCUGUAGAAAAGGCACGCCAGACGGGGGAGGCACCGUGCAUGUCAAGAAUGCAUGACCAAAAGUGCAUGCGGCUGACCGUUUCCCUCUGCUGCAUGGCGUUCCGAGGGUCAUUGCCCAACGACUCGAUGACCGUCGACACGAACUCAUCGACACUUGAGAAGUAGAUAAACGGCGCACGGCCACCUGACGCACACACAUACAUACACACAGAUGAGCACACCUGUGUGUGUGUGUGUGUGUGUGUGCGCGUGUGUGCAGUCCUCUCUCUCUCUCCCUUCGUGUCAAUCUGACCUAGUGUCGAUGUGGGUUGCGCCAUGAAGGCGCCCUCCACUCGCUGGCGGAUGGCCUCGAGCGGCUCACUUUCAUCAUCGAGUGUGUGGUCUCGUGCCGCACCGGCACAGGCCGCCACAGCCCACCACAGCUGACGCAGCGCAUCGGUUGUGAAGGACACCUAACCAAUGGACAGAAUAGAUGGCAUUGAGUAUUUAUUGGUCUGGCGUUUGCAGUGGUUGUCUUGGUCACCUUAAGGUGUGCGUGCGAUUGCAUGGGCGUCAUGAGCCACUGUGGACAGCCGACGGAUACGCCGGGCAGGGCGUCGAGCGGAUGAUACGGCUGCAAUGGGUGUCAACACACAAACAUGGCACGGCACACGUGUGUGUGAGUGCAUGUGUUUGUCUGUGAGUGUGAGACCUUGAUGUCGAUGACGGGCGUCUUGUCGACUAAGUCAAUGCCGCUCACAUACACACACCGACCCUACACAGUCACACACACACAACACGCAAAAACACUUGGUGCAGCCAUGCCUGGCCUUCUGUUGCGUACCGCCACUCGCUCAAUCUUAGCGGCAGACAAACCGAUGGGCGACGGCCUGGCACAAUCACACACACACACACACACAGACGCACACACAAAUGCAGAGAGAUCGACCGACACAUGAGGUCUAUCUGCCUGCCUGCGUGCCUGCCUGUGCGGCGAUCUCGUGGCGAAGACGCCCACUUUGGUGCCGAGCAGCUUUGGCGGCCGCACCUUUGGCUUCAUGACGGCAUUGCCGUCGGCAUCAAGGGCCAUGUGGAAGAGGAAAAUGAUCCACAGGUGGGAGAAGCUGUCGAGGCCAUCCAAAUACGCCUGACGGCAAAGUGGACCACAGAUGGAUGGAUGAGUCUAUCCUCGGCGUGUGUGUGCAUGUGUUGACCUCAGUGUAUUGUUGGUCGAAUACGAUGACCCCGUGAGACGCCGGACAGAGGAUGCCCUGCCGAGGCGCGCCGUACUUCUCGCCGUAACAACUCCGACACACACCUAUCACCUGCACACAUGGCACACACACACAUCACACAAUCACGCAUCCAUCUGCUGUUGGUCUCUCCGGUCACCUUCAGGUUGACUGUGUGUGCGUCGUUCUCACUCCAGCACCUUGACGAUGAGGGCGCUUCCACCACUGCAGUGUCAUCGCCACCAUGUGCCUCCUGCCCCCUGUCGUCACCGGUCGGCGCCUCUUGCAGGCCUGCCGGCAGCGAGAAGUUGAUGUGGCCCUUCGGACGUGCAUCGGCCGUGAUAUGGCAGCCACCGUACUCGAGAUGCCACUCAUUCAAUCGCUCAGCCACGGCCUGAAGGCGUGCAGACAGCCAAGACGAUCAAUGACGUGUAUGCCGUUUGAAAUGGGUUCCGUUGCUGCUUCCUCUCCUCUCACCUUGGCCCAUGACUCAGCGUCAAUGUCCGUGUCAACGCCAUCAAUAGUGGAUGACGGCUCCUGGUCACUCUCAAGAUCGCCGUCAUCAUCACACUGCUGCUGCUGUUGUCUGACAGCUCGGCGUCGUAAUAUGCACGACCUGGCUGCCUGAAGAACAACAUCAUCACAAGACGCACACAUGGAAGUUGUUCUGCUGUGACGGCAUCCCUCUCUCUGCUGAUGAAUGACCUGAGCUAUGGCGCCGGUGCAGAGGCUGCCAUACCGGGGCUGCGAAGUGAAGGAAGAUCCACACAGAGAUCUGUUCAUCAUCUGUGUGAAUGCCAUUUGUGUGUGAGUGCUCGUGCCUACGUUCUUGGGCGGAGCGAUGAUGAAAGUCGGCAGCUCGGCAUCCGCCGGAAUGGUCGCACCCGGUCC